CGUGUACCAACAUCCGCCGCGGACGUCACCGCUGCACCAAACAUGGCGGCGUCCUGUGUGCGAACCGUGGGCUCGUUUCUUGGGAAAUGUGGUAAUUGCAGCUCGAGUUUAAACACAGUCACGUCGCAGUUAAGCCGGCAGGUGCUGAGCAGGCAAAUAUGUGUGAGCACUGCCCUCAAGAAGAAUCUGGCGGCUGGAGGACCGGAGAAGUUCACAGUGGAGUUCAUCCAGAAGCAGGUGGAGGAGUUUGACAUCGGGAAACGACACCUGGCCAACAUGAUGGGAGAAGACCCCGAGAACUUCACCCAGGAGGACAUAGAUAGAAGCAUCGCCUACCUCUUUCCCUCUGGCCUGUUUGAGAAGAAAGCUCGGCCUCUCAUGAAGCAUCCUGAGGAAAUAUUUCCAAAGCAGAGAGCUGUCCAGUGGGGAGCAGACGGACGGCCUUUCCACUUCUUGUUUUACACUGGCAAACAGUCCUACUACUCCCUCAUGCAUAAAUUGUACAGCAAAAUCCUGAACAUAGAGAAGCACCAAGACCGUAUGAGAGCCAAAGGACUCUUCUCCCAGGACACUAAGGAGAUCGCUCUUGACACAAGCAGGUGGCUCACAAAGGAGGAACUCGAGGUGUUAUUGGUGGAGACCAUCUCUUCAAAUAAUUACGAUCGUUUCAUCCAGCUGAUGGAGCGUCUCCUGUCCAUGCCCUACUGCAACAUGGAGGAGGAGUUUGUCCUGCAUUACCGUCGGCCGCUGGAGGCUCGGUCCAAGAAGCAGAUGGUGCCGGUGCCGGAGAGGGAUGACAAAGGCGUGGCCUUUAGCACUUCAGAUGGUCGGAGGAAGACGUCUAACUCAUCAGUUGUACUUCGAGACUGUGGCUCCGGUCGCAUCACCGUCAACGGCCAAGAAUACCUCCACUACUUCCCCGUGCUACAAGACAGAGAGCAGCUGAUGUUCCCGCUUCAGUUCAUGGGUUUGCUGGGGCGCUUCGACCUGCAGUGCACCGUGAGCGGCGGCGGCAGGUCGAGCCAGGCGGGGGCGCUGCGUCUCGCCAUUUCCCGGGCUCUGCUCAGCUUCCUGUCUGAGGGAGAGCAGGAGACAAUGAGACAAGCUGGUCUGCUGACCCCUGACCCCAGAGUGAGGGAAAGGAAGAAGCCGGGCCAAGAGGGAGCACGAAGGAAAUUCACCUGGAAGAAACGCUGAGGAGGAGAAUAUUCUCACCUGAAUUCAAAUAUUCUCUUCUGGUCUCCAUUUGCUCCCUUUUAAAGCUGCCUGUUUGUUGCUCCAGAGGCCUGUCACUUGUGUCUUCUUUAGUUUAUUGAAACUCUUGAAACCAAAUGAAUGCUGUGUAUUUUCACAUGGCCACUGUUUACAAGCUGCAGUGAGCCCCUUCAGCCACCAGAGGGAAGUGUGUCAUCAGGAAUGAAGAAAUUAUACUGUUUAUCUCUAUUAUCAAUAAAUAAAAGGUUUUCAUAUAAAAAGAA